AUGUGGAUGGGUAUGGCGGAUGGAUGUGCGUGUAGGAAAAAAAAUGCUUUAAUUAAUGGUCUUGAUUUUGUUUUACCUAUGAUACGUUUUGAUGAUGAAUCAUUUAUUGCAAAUAUAGAAGCCCUUUUUACAUCAAUGUUAGGCUAUACAAUUGAUAAGGAUGAUUGCGAAGAAAAGAAGGUCGACGAUGAAGCUGUACGUAAUUUAACUCCUCACCAAUUAGCAUGA